CCCACAGUCCAGCGGUCGCAACAGAAGCAGCCCCGGGUCUCCACUGCGCUCCACGCAUUUCCUGGACGGGAAUCCCCUCUCCAAGAAAUCCCCCGUACUUGGACUCGGGCGGAGGCGCAAGGGGUCUCCGGCAGCGCCCCCUCGGCCAGGUAGGCGCCACCUUGCAGAGAAGCCCCUGUCCGCACCUGCUGACCCAGCCCCUGAGCGCUCCGGAGCGGGACUUUUUCCGAAGCUCCAGCCCCAUCCACUGGCAGCAGAGCUCCUGCCCAUGGACCUGAAGACGGUGCCAGCCUCCCGAGAACAGGGUUGGUAUUUGAAGCUAAUGGCCCCCAACACCAAGGGCCCCCUGUACGCCUGGCUGGACCCCUCUCGCCUCUACUGCCACCCUCAGGCCUUCCAGGACUGCGUCCAGGAUCUGGUGCGGCCAUUUCGGGACGAUGCCAUUGACCAAGUGGUUGGCAUUGAUGCCAUGGGGUUCAUUCUGGGGGCCGCCAUCGCCGUCACCCUCCGAAAAGGUUUCGUGACCAUCCGGAAAGCCGGCCACCUCUGCGUCGAGACUCGCACCCAGACCUACAGGGACUACACGGACCGCGAGAAAGUGAUGGAAGCCCGCACAGACGCCAUCGGCCCAGGUGUCCGGGUCUUGUUGGUGGACCAGUGGGUAGAGACAGGGGGCACAAUGCAGGGCGCCAUCCAGCUGUUGGAGCAGCAAGGCAGCGUGGUGGCAG